UGCCCAGCUUCAAUUACUUUCGACAAAGUCCAUCAUUGAACCAAACCUGUAUUACUCUAUCUAUUAGGCCAAGAAGAAGCCCAACAACCCGCACUGCAACCUUCUCUCAUUGAAACCGAGCAAAUGAACGCGCAAAGCAAAAUCGCCUCGCAGACUCCAGGAGACAUUCGCAUGCAAGCGCAAGCCCAAUCCCAAGGCCGCGCCACAGGGUUCGACCCAGACUCCGACCCUACUGCAGCCGAGCACUCGCAUGUCGGGAUGGACACUGGCUACCGCAAUACCAGCGCAGUGGACGUUGAAGAGGUUGAUCGCGAGGAGGAUGAGAAUCCGCAUCUCCCGCCGUUACGGGAGUACCUGAAGAUGACCGAGGAGCGGAAGCAGGAGUAGAUAGCUGGUAAUGCGAUCCCCUCCUUUAGAACCGUACCGUCUAGGAGUUUGUGGCCUGCGAGAAAAGACAUAAAUGCAAUGAACGACUGGAGUCGUCCUCGUCAUAUACAGUUUUCAGCCUGUGUACGCCGAGUUCAUGAUAUUCGUAUCUUGUACAUUAGUCCCAAUUGCUUAAGAUUCUCAAAUGUACGGUCCAAUGUUUGA